AUGGAAACAAUCUGUAUAUCAAACAUAGUAUGCAUUUUGGUUGUACGUAAAACAAGCUGUUUGGGUAUAUCCCGUAACCGACCCAGAUCAUUGAUGGCCAACAUUUGCCUAUCAGAUACUAUACUGUCACUAAACUCGUGUAUAUUUCGCUAUAUAUUUAUACCGUUAUCUCUAAUAAACAAUACUAAUCCUAUUGGUGCUAACAUUAUGCAAUCUGUGCACAAUUAUCUGGAAAAUGUGUCUCUCUAUAUAACAUCCAUAACAUUUAUAAUAAUAUCAAUGGAUAGUUACUAUAAAUUGGCAAAAGUUUUUUUUAAUCCAUUUAAUGCAAAAAGUACUCGUUUUCUACUAUAUGUCAUAUGGUUUGUCAGUUUAGUACUAUCGGUGCCAUCAUUGGUGACCACAUACAUUGAUCUAUACGAUUAUCAGAGUAACAAUGUUAGCUGUAUUGCCGCCAAAAGCUAUAUGAUGUUGGGUAUGGCCAGUAUUAUCAAAAAAUACAUACUUUUCCGCAGUAUAGUCUACAUGUUUGCCCAGUUUGUCAUACCGGGCCUACUGGUCAGUUGGUAUUCGGGUAAAUUGAUAUUUGUUAUGAUAAGUGAGUUCAGACGUGGCCGAUCCCGGUGCGGAUCGGGUAUAUCGAUAACAGAAGUUUCGCGCGUCAAUAAUACUCGACGCUGUCACGUGACCAAGAGGUUAGUUACCGUAUUGUUAAUAUUUAUAUUGAAAAAUACGGCCUACGCUGUGGUCACCCAGUUCGACAUCAUACUGGCCGAAUCAAACUACCCGUGCCCUAAAUCGCCGCAUUACAUACAUUUUAUAUUUACGGAAACCUUUCGGUUUACCACUUCGUUGAAUAGUUUCAUAUUUUUCUGGUUGAGCCACGAAUUUCGCAAACAGUCCAGAGAUCUGAUACUGGGAUGGAUGGGUGGGAACAACACCAUCAAAAAUAACAUACCGACGCCCAGAGUAUCUAUUAUUUCAUCGCAAGUCUAA